AUGAGAUUUCACCAGAAUACAUUCAGAAGGGGAAGAAAGAAGCAGAAAUACCGCUAUUUCAAAAGGAGAAAACCUCAUACUAAGUCAAACAAAUGCUUCAUUUGUGGAAAACAAGGACACUUUGCUAAAUCAUGUCCUCAUAAGACAAAGAAGGAGAUAAAAAUGCUUCAGUCUUUAAUGGAUGCAGCUUCCAUCGAAGAUGAAGAAGAUCUUGAAUCAGUACUUGAAGAACAAGAAGUCAAAGAUGAAGAAAUUGAAUAUGUUUUCCAAGACUCUAAUUCAGAAGAAGACCUCCCACCAAAGAGGUCAAUCUUUUCUAUAUCCUCCGUUGCACCACCCAUAGCUUCUAUUACCACAAAAAUUUCUAAAGGAUCGAACUUCUCAGAAGAAGAAAUUGGAUACCUUGGAUCCCUGGGAAUGAAGUAG